AUUAGUACUAAAAUAAUCAUAUAAAGUCUAAUACAAAUGAAAUCUUCAUUAAGAACUUCAAAGAGACAGCAAUGGGUCAAUCUUGUUUCUUCAAAGUUCUUCUUGUUUCCUCUCUUUUACUACUAAUCUUCUUCUCCACUGCCAUGGGGAGAAACUUGCGAACUGCAAAGUUGUCAGGAGUUCACAGUACUGCUAAGCAUUUUUCUUUCAGGGAAGGCAUUGUGAGAAAGACGAUGGAGCUGAUGGAUUAUGACCCGCCGGGGUCCAACACCAAUUGGAAUGGUUUCGUGGCCUCUCCUCCUCCCCAAUCUCCUCCGCUUUCAUAAUUUCUAAAAAAAACAACAAGCUCGUCUUAAAGUGUCUUUUUUUUUGUUCGUAAACAAAAUAAAUACCAAUAUGUAAUUUGAAAAUUUGAUAAGCUAAGCUCUACUCUCUUAAUUGUGGAAAAUAUGACCUCAAACUGUAAGAAUUACUUGUUUGAUAUAAUUGGUGAACACAUGGGAAACGUCAUUUUUAGUUGAAAUCUUUCCGACA